AUGAUGACUGGCGCAAAGAGGAAAGCGAGCGAGUUCAGAGAUGAGCAGGAGGAUAGCGAGCGGCCAAGUCUUCCCAAGAGAAGGACAUGUCCUCACGGGAUACCUCAUCCUCGGGAGAACCAAAAUAAUGACGAGGAUAUUGAUGAUAUCGGGUUCUUACCGACUGUCCCUAUGAAUACGAAAUGCUCUCCUGGAGUUGAAGACUUUCAAACAAAACUCACGGGUUUCUGCGAACGAUAUGGUUCUACUUUUGGACCUGCUUAUAUUGCUGAGCUACGGCAAUCACAUUCUGAAGUAAUUUCCAACACCGACUCAAGAACAGUCAUGAAGGCAGGGCAGAGAUUUCUAGAAGCUCUCAACCAGUACACUCAAGAUCUUCAGCAAGCAGCAAUACAGCAGAUUCAACUACGAGCCCAAAUGAUAAGAAUUGGAGUGGGAAAGGAGACUACCACAGCCAUGGACGUUUUCUUGUCACAGAUGGACCGACGGAUCGUUGAGAUAAGUGCGGAAUCGAGCGUACUGUGGCAGGAGUUCUCUCUUUUGGAAAGUCCACCAGAGAAGAGGUUUGAUGCUGCUUCUCUACAACAGAGCUUAUUCCCACCAGAAAUUGCUGCUUUCUAG